GCCAAAUUUACCGGGAUGCUAAAGAAAAGGGGAGGAGCUGUAGUGGAGGCUGCAGUAGUUUAAAUUAAUGUCAACCUGCUUCUUCCCCGGGAGAACAAACCCAGCGCAGAUAGUGAAAGUACGUGCUCAGCGCAACCUGCGAGCCGCUCACAGAUAUUAACAUGGCUCGGCGGCCGAGAAACAGUGUUUACAGUAGUGAGGAGGAUGAGGAGGAGACUGAGAUGUAUGAACAUGAUUAUGAUGGAUCACUGGCCAAGGCAGGGAAACGUCACCUUGGCAAAACACGCUGGACACGAGAAGAGGAUGAGAAGUUGAAGAAACUUGUUGAGCUUCAUGGCUCAGAAGACUGGAAACUUAUUGCAAGCUUAUUAACUAAUCGUACAGAUGUGCAGUGCCAGCACAGGUGGCAGAAGGUUCUUAACCCAGAGCUCAUCAAAGGGCCGUGGACCAAAGAGGAGGACCAGAGGGUGAUUGAGCUUGUCCAGAAGUAUGGAGCCAAGCGUUGGUCUGUGAUUGCCAAGCACCUGAAGGGGCGCAUCGGCAAGCAGUGCCGUGAGCGCUGGCACAACCACCUGAACCCAGAGGUGAAAAAGACAUCGUGGACUGAGGAGGAGGACCGAAUCAUCUACCAGGCCCACGAGAAGCUGGGCAACCGCUGGGCCGAAAUCGCUAAGCUGCUCCCCGGCAGGACUGACAACGCUAUAAAGAACCAUUGGAACUCCACCAUGAGGCGAAAGGUGGAACAGGAGGGCUAUCUUCAGAUUGCAGCAAAGAACUCCUCGCUCUCCAUUAGCCAUGGCUAUGUGAAGACCAACACUCACAUCAUGGGUUUCCCUCACCACUCGCAUAAUCACUCGCAGCUGCCUCCCUACACCUACAUCUCCGACACACACAGAAUACCGUUACCCAUGGCCUUGCAUUUGAACCUGCUGAACAUUCCCCAGCAUGGAACCGCUGCUAUACAGAGACACUAUAGUGAGGAGGACCCUGAGAAGGAGCAGAGGGUGAAAGAGAUCGAACUGCUGCUCAUGUCAACAGAAGAUGAGCUGAGGGGCCAGCCAUCACGACCGAUGAAUUUGUCCUAUCCAAGCUGGGCCAGCCAGAGCUCUUUGACCAACAGCUCAGAUAGUGUAAUGUUAUUACCUCAUCACCAGGCCCCUGCCCUGCCUCUCGACCAGAGUUGCCUACCUGAAGAGAGCGCCUCUGCAACACGCGCCCACAGCAAUAACGGCCGCAACAACAACAACAACAACAACAACAAUAACAGCAAUCACAGCAGUCCGACGUUCUCAGAUACUAUCCCAGAGUUCAUGGAUUGUGUCAUUGAUUCAAGCCUCUCCUCAGUGGAUGAGGCCACUACCAGCGGGCUCUUGGAUAGGAGCGUUCUCAGAACAGACAGGCUCUUGCCCAAUCAGGGCUCAAGAACUGCUCUCGGAGCAUGGGCUGGUUUCAUCUGCUCAACCCCCAAGCCUUCACCAGUCAGAAACCUUCCCUUUUCACCCUCACAGUUUCUCAACCAAUCAAUGAGCCCAGAACACUCCGACAAUGACAGUUUACCAAUGAGCUCGCCUGUGGACUCCAAGCCGCCGAUCAACCACACUAUCAGACCCCAGAAAGAGAACAAAAUGUUCAGAACGCCAAACAUUCGUCGUUCGCUCCUGGAGUCAUCUCCUUGUACACCCACACCUUUCAGGUCAGCCCUGGCCAUGCAGGAGGCCAAGUAUGGACCCCUCAAACUACUGAACUCCCCUUUGGAGCAGCAGAUGGUACAAUCCAUCAAGCAGGAGCCAAUGGAGUGUGCCAUUGAGCAGCCUCCUCUGAAGAAAAUAAAACAAGAGGUGGAGUCUCCAUGUGAGGGGAGCCCGUGUAUGCAGUGGGAAGGACAAGACCUUCACACACAGCUCUUCUCCCCAAACGGCCCCGCACAGGAAGUACCUGACCUACUCACUAGCUCAUUAUUGAGUGAAGAUGGCCACAAAACCUACCACCUUCCUCACAGAGGCAUGGCCAGCCCACUACAGCAGCUCAGUUCCUGGGAACAGGUGACCUGUGGGAAAACAGAGGAGCACGUUUUGGCCUCAGAGCAGAGCCACAAGUACAUCAACACUUACCCUACGAGGACACUGGUCAUGUAGACUAGAGACACAUGUUGGACUGUAAGAUCAACAAUCCCUGCGCUGGACGCAGCGCCGCGGAUGACAUAUUUGUUGUGGUACAACAGUUGGGAGAGGCGCUAUGCCAUUGGUGGUUUUACACUCACACUUGUUGGAUUUCAACCAACCAAAGACUAAACAAUUAUUUUGUUUUUGAAAUCUUUUAAAUAGAAUUUGCUCUGGGUUCUAUUGUACGUCCUAUUACUUUUGGUCUUGUCACUGGAUUAUUAUCGAUGUUGUAUUAUAAAUGGGAAACGGUGGCUAUAUGAUUUGCAUUGGGCUGUAUUAUUAAUUCCGAAUUUUGAUAUUAAUAUAAAGAACAAGUUGAUUAAUUUAUUUCUUUUGUUUUGAUAAUAAUGAUAAUGUUGUUGUUGUUUUUUAAAAAUUGGCCAAUGGAGCAGUGUUGUAAGGAAAGUAUUUAAGCCCUGUUAGCAUUAUCAUAAAUCCAAAGGCAUAUUAAUGAAUUCAAAACUGACCUCUUUAUUCCAGUCAUGAAACGUUACUGUUUCUUUUAUUAUUAUUUUUUGUCUCUACUGAGAAUUUUCAGUGCUUGGUCUGUGCACCUCAUGUAAACACCUAACUACUGAACAAGAACAGCUGCAUCUGUUCUUCCAUCAUUAUUCAACUAAGAAUUAUCUUAUUUUACACAACAAAAGGGGCCGGCCUUACUAGUAUUACCUUUAGUUCAUAUAAAUUAAGUUUUCAUUUCAAUUUUCAAUUUAUUUCUGGCCUUCACAAAACCCUUUAUGAGGAAACAUUUUAUGAACAAACAUUAUAUGUGUUAAAAGUCUAAGUAUAUAUAUAUUUAUACAUUUAAAAACAACUUGAAUGACCUAAUAUGUCUGAAUCCAUGAGCUUCACCCAGUAAGAGUAAGACCAAGCUGCACUUCUUAUAUCUUAUAUUAUCCAUAAAAAGCGGGAGUACUAAACACUGAUGUUUUAUAUUUUGCUACAAACAAAUCCCUUGAAUUGAAACUUUUUAUAUGUUUGUUUUGUUUUUAAACAUUUCUUUGAAUCGUUUUGUAUUUUUGUAUAAUGCCUAUUCAAUCAGCAUUGUGUUUUCUUACUAAGACUGCAGUAGCCCAUGUCAAACACUUAGCAGACAAUCUUUUUAUACGCCUUGUUUUUAUACUAGCUUUUGAGCAAAAAUGAUUUCCUGAAAGCAUUUAUACAGUCCAAGUUUGGAAUGUUUUUUUAUACUUUUCUAUACUGCCUAGUAAAUAAAGUGUGUUGUUUUUAUUACA